CAUCGAAUCCGUAUUGUUUCGAUUCGCCGUUCGGUUGACUUCACUUUUAUAUAACAGUUUCGAACAGCUCGACUUCAUUCAGUUCCACUCCUGACCGACAUUCAAAUCUCUUGACUUACGAGAGAUUUUGUAUGAUUGACACUGCACUCUCAAUCUAGUUUAGCGGUGGUUCGUUACACAUACUGUGAAUAGUUGCGAUAAGCGGUGCUCUCGUUUCAGCAGUUUCAGUUUCAGUGCACCAGCCGCCGAAAUGGCCAACAAAGAAAUCAAGGGUGCGGACAGCGUUUUAGGCCUUUCAGAAAUCACCGAAAACAAAGCAAUAUGGCGAAUGUUAGUGGCAGAAUUCAUCGGCACAUUUUUACUGGUCGUCAUUGGUUGUGGCUCAAUAGUUUUAUCAGAAGAGGUAGUAAUUGUUCGCAUUGCUCUAACAUUUGGAAUAACAGUUGCUACAUUAGCACAGAGUAUUGGUCACGUCAGCGGCUGCCACAUCAACCCCGCAGUGACGCUGAGCCUUUUCGCAACAGGCAACAUAAAACUUCUCCGAGCUUUGCUCUUCAUCGCCGUUCAACUCAUCGGUGCUGUUGGAGGAUCAGCAGUUUUAAGGUUGAUGGUUCCUGAAGAAAAAGAACACUCCCUGGGCAUCACAAACAUAGGGCCAGGCAUCACUGACGUCCAGGGUUUCCUGAUGGAAAUAAUCUUAACAUUUUUAUUACUCUUUAUCAUCCACGCUGUGUGCGAUCCUCGCCGUAAAGAUAUCAAAGGAUCGGCUCCUCUAGCUAUAGGAUUAGCCGUCACAGCUUGCCACCUCUGUGGUAUCCCUUAUUCCGGCUCAAGCGUAAACCCAGCUCGUAGUUUCGGACCGGCUGUAAUCAUGGAUUCGUGGGAAAAUCAUUGGGUCUACUGGGCUGGGCCGCUACUUGGCGGUGUGUUGGCUGGUCUCAUCUACAAAUAUCUCUUCAAAACGAGAAAAUCUGACGUCGAUUCGUACGAUUUUUAAGCGAAAAUCUUUCAUGUUUCACAAUUUUGUCAUUCAUUUCAGCUAACUCCAUUUGCUUCGUAGUUACGUACUAAUUUAUGUACAAUUUUUAUAAUACUUUUUAAAAAAGUAGUUAAGUACGUUUUAAGUGUAUAGUAGUGUUAGUUUUAUUGAUAAGUCCAAAUUGUUUCAAUUUUGGAAAAUAAAUGAAAAACUAUCCCAAUUUCAAAAUCUUCUGCCAUAUGGAGGCUCUUCUACUCUAAGGUUUCUAAUUGUACAAUACCAAAUUAUUUAUAAGGAACUAUGAAUCCAUUCUUUAAUAAAGUGUUCGAAAAUUUCUUAAAAA